GCCAUCAUGUGGCAAAGACUAUCACCUACACCAUUUCUGCAGCUUACACACGGUCUGUUGUCGUUUCCACAGAAACAGUCUCUUGUUACCUGGUGCAGGUGAGAGCAAGUGGAGGCAAACAACAGAGCUACAGGAAGGACAGGAAACAAACAUGAACACUUUCUCCAGCCGGGAUGUUCAGGUGAAGAGCUUGGAGCAAACAGUGAAACAUGCUGAAAAGCACCUGGGUGAGAUCUGCUCCCUGUUGGGCUCCUACACCAGGAAGACGGCGAAGCUGAGAGACAAGGCAGACUUGCUGGUCGCUCAGAUCUUUGACUUCUCCGGCACAGAAGGACCUGAGCUCCAGGUCGGACUGAGGAACCUGGCAGAGGAUCUGGCCAUGGUUCAGGAUUACAGACAGGCUCAGGUAGAGAGACUGGAGACGAGAGUUGUUGCUCCUUUAAAAGGGUACGGAGACAUGAUCAAAAAUAAACGGGUAGAUCUGAAGAAGUUUAACACGGAUCUGAACCGAGAGAUGAAGGAGCUGGAAAAACUGGGAAGAGUCAGACUGAGGAACCCCGCUGACCGCCAGAGCAUUUCUCAGGCUGAAGUCAGUGCCCAGAAGGCUUCCAACAAUGCUCAGCGCAGUGUCAAACAACUCGAGGAGACCAUCUCGGACUUCCAGAGACAGAAACUGGAGGAUAUCAAAAGGAUUUUCAUGGACUUCAUUACAGUGGAGAUGCUCUUCCAUGCUAAGGCUCUGGAGGUCUAUACACACACAUACCACAACCUGGAGGCCAUGAACAUUGAAAAGGAUCUGGAGCUGUUCAAUGGACGUCUGAAGAUGUCUGACUCUCUGCCUGGACAUCUGGAAACCCCACAGAGCAGCCAAUCGUCUACACUCAUGAGCCGCUACCCAAGUUCUCCUGUGUCCUCUCCCAAAGGCCAGAGCCUCAGGCCCAUGCUGGCUCCCCCUACUGGACAAAACAGAACACAACAGCACAGCCAGCUCCCUGAGAGAGCUAGGAGGGCUCGCAGCAUCUUACAACGCCAGAGAGGCAUGGAGGAGGAAGAGGAGGAGGAGGAGGAGGACGACGAGGAAGAAGAGGAUGAAGAAGAGGAUGAGCUGUAUGAAUCAGAGCUGGAGGAGGAUCAGCACAUCAGCAGGCAGUCUUAUGCUGUUCAAUAUGCCCAGAUGCGCCGAUGGCAGCAGUAACAAACAUAUACAUGUACAUAUACAUAUACAUAUACAUAUACGUGUAUAUGUACAUGUACAUGUACAUAUACACGCAGAUAGUUCUAGAGCUGAUCAGUGACACAUGGUGGUGGCAUAGUGCUAAAUGUUUGUUGACAUUACUGCUGGCUCUGAGAUAUAGCUUUACAAUAUCAAUAAUUUAACAAUAAUUUAAAAAUGUCAUAUUGUGUUCUUUUAAAAUGUAAAUUAAAGUGAAUACAAGCCAUUUGUAUAAAUCUGGAACAUAUCAUUUCCAUUGUAUAAAUGUGCUUGCUGAUUUUAUAAUGUGUCAAAUUAAAAUUGUUGCUUCACACAAGUGUUUAAGUUAAUUCAUAUUCUUGUUAUUUGGUAAAAAUGUCCCUCCCCUGUGUAUAUGUAGCCCAUGUGUACAUGUAGUAACAAAAUCCCUUUGUUUUAUUGUAUUUUCAUUGUACAUUCAGUUCUGAAUGAGUUCACCUUUUUGAGGAGC